ACAAAGUACAAAUUGCGAUCUUAUUACCUGUGAAAUUAUCAAACUUGGCUUCAAGGCUAUGAAUACAGAUCGAAGCCUUUUGCUUCUUUUUGCUGAGUUCAGUUCCAUUAUUCUCCUUCUCAGUUGCUUCCCAGAAGCCGCAGCAGAUAACAGUAAUGGAAUCAAUAUCGAUGUUGGUGCAAUUAUCGAUGUCAAUUCUCAUGCAGGAAUACAACAGAAAGCAGCCAUGGAAAUUGCAGCACAAAGCUUUAACAACUACUCAAAGAGCCUCAACAUCUCCCUCCAUUUUCGUGACUCUCUAAGCAAUCCAUUGCAGGCAGCUUCUGCAGCUGAAGAGCUGAUAAAUAAAACGAAAGUUGAAGUUAUAAUUGGAAUGGAGAAAUGGAAGGAAGCAGCUUUUGUAGCUGAACUUGGAGAUAAAGCUCAAGUUCCAGUAAUUUCAUUCUCAUCUCCUUCAAUAUCCUCACCACCAUCAUCAAUCCAAUUUCGUUGGCCUUUUUUGAUUCAAAUGGCCAAGAAUCAGACUGCAAAUAUGAACUGCAUAGCUGAUAUUGUUCACGCAUAUGGCUGGCAGAAGGUUAUAGCUAUAUACGAAGAUGAUUCUUAUAGUUCUGAUUCUUCAGGCAUGUUAACCCUCCUUUCUGAAGCCCUCUUGAAGACUAAUUCCCAAAUUGAGCGUAGACUUGUCCUCCCACCAUUUUCUUCUUUAUCUGAUCCAAAAGGGUUUGUUCUUGAUGAACUGAUUAGCUUAUUAUUAUCAGCACAAUCUAGGGUUUUCAUUAUUCUCAAAGCAUCAGUGCCUAUGGUGACCCAUUUGUUUAGAGAAGCUAGGAAACUAAGGUUAUUAGGGAAAGAAUCAGCUUGGAUUAUUAAUGAGGAUAUUGCUGGUAUGCUUGACUCAGUCGAUGAGAAUGUCUUAUCCUCCAUGGAAGGUACUAUUGGAAUCAAAAGCUACUAUUCUACAAGUUCAAGUGCUUAUACUCAGUUCAUAGAAAACUUUCAAAACCACUCUAAUAAUCCGGGAUUCCUUGCACUGCAAGCUUAUGAUAGCAUCAGGAUCGUUACAAAAGCCCUAGAGAAGAUGAAUGGUACUAACAAUAAUAAUAAUAAUAACAACAAUCAUCAUCCCAGUAACUCGAGACUGUUCACGGAGACGAUGCUGUCUAGUAACUUCACUGGUUUAACUGGUAACAUAAGCUUCAAGGAAGGCCGUUUAUCACAAAGUCCAUUGUUACGAGUGAUAAACGUGGUUAACAAGAAAUACACAGAGUUGGACUUUUGGGUACCAAAUUUGAAGUUCUUCAAAUCUCUGCAAGACAUAGAUCAGAAAGGAAGUGAUGCUGCUACACUUCAUAUAAAUGGUCCAGUGGUUUGGCCUGGAGGUCUAAAGACUGAUCUAAACAAUAAUUUUAAUGCUCCAUUAGGGUGGGACAUACCUUCGGACGAGAAUCCAUUAAGAGUAGCAGUUCCUGUAAAGCCUGCUUUCGAGAAUUUUGUGAAGGAAGAAUCUCAUGGCAGAUAUGUUGGCCUUUGUAUUGAACUUUUUGAAAAAGUUCAAGAACAGCUCAAACAUAAGUACUCCGGUCUUCCAUAUAAAUAUUUCCCCUUCGAUGAUGUAUCUUAUGAUGUGCUUCUACGAAAAUUCACCGACCAGCAGUCAUAUGAUGCUAUUGUUGGAGACGUAACAAUACUGGAGAAUCGAUCGAAGAAUGUAUCAUUCACACAGCCAUACUCGGAGUCAGGUUUGUCUCUCAUAUUUCCAGCUGAGACAGAAGGGACGACGUUUCUGUUCGUGAAGCCAUUUAGCUGGCAAAUGUGGCUAGCCACUGCUGUCAUAUUCUCAUACACAACGCUUGCCAUUUGGUUCCUUGAGCAUCCCUUAAACCCUAGCUAUAAAGGAUCAUGGAAAAAUCAACUCAGCAACACUUCUUGGUUCGCCUUUUCUUCCCUAUUUUUUGCUCACGGGGGCAAAGUGUACAGUAACUCAGCAAGGGUGGUGGUUGCUGCAUGGCUAUUUCUGGUGUUUGUUCUGACUUCAAGUUACACAGCAAGUCUGUCUUCUCUGCUCACUGUGAAACGGAUGAAGACUGGGAGAGACGUACAGUGGCUGAAGGAAAAUAAGUUAACUGUUGGCUGUGAUAAUAGCAGUCAAUUUGUGAAGAACUACUUGCUCCAUGUCUAUGAUUUACCUGAAAAGCAGAUCCUAAGUCUUGAUGGUGAGCCUGACUUUGUAGCCAAGUUUAAGAGCAAACAAAUUUCUGCCCUCUUCCUUGAGAGCCCAUAUGAAAAGGUUUUCUUAAACAAGUAUUGCAAUCAAUAUACUGCAACUCCUGCUGGCUAUAAAUUUGGAGGCCUCGGCUUUGUAUUCCAAAAAGACUCUCCGUUGGUUAAAGACUUUUCUGAAGGUAUUUUAAGAUUAGCGGAGAAUGGAACUUUAAGGAGGUUGGAAGACAAAUGGUUGAUCCCUUCCAAUAACUGCUCAAGCGACUCAACGUCAUCUUCUGAAACUGAAAGCCUAACCCUAGCCGACUUUUGGAUUCUCUAUGUGAUAAGUGGUUUCACUUCCACCAUCUUCUUGAUCGUUGCUCUGUUGAGGACUUACCUUCAUCAAGAGAAAGAAGGUGAUCAAGACAAUAAUAAUAAUAAUACAGAAGCUUCCGAUGAUAAUGGUGUUUGGAACAAGGCACUAGUGAGACUCACUUCAGGCCUUUACAACAAUGGCAGCUUCAAUUUCAACACUAUAGGAAGAGCUGCAACUUUUGGUGGAACAGACACUGUUCGACAUUGGAAUUCUUCGAGGUGGGAGAGUGUAAGAACUUCUGAUGAUCAUGAUCACGUUAAUCCUCGACGGACCCAAUCAGUUGGCUUAGAGAUGUUAUAGAUACCUCCGAACGUAGAUACUUGUACGAAUAGAUAUAACUAUUAUGGAAUAUAUAUAUGUGUGUGUCUCUUAGUUUGUA